AUGCCUCCUGUGGUAGCAUCGGACAUCCCAUCUUUGAGCCUGCUCUACAAGCUGAAGAAGCUCCUCCCAGCUGCAACGCCGCCAGUUGAAGGCGCCACUCCUGCCCAUAACGACCGUGUCGCGCUGAUUAGAGGCGAUAUCACAGUACUGGCCGUUGACGCCAUUGUCAACGCCGCAAACAGCUCCCUCCUUGGUGGCGGCGGGGUCGAUGGCGCCAUUCACCGUGCUGCUGGUCCCCAACUCGUCGCCGAGUGCCGCACGCUCAAUGGAUGUGUGACUGGCUCGGCCAAGAUCACCGAUGCCUAUAAUCUGCCCUGUAGGAAAGUCAUCCAUGCGGUGGGCCCCAUAUUUGACGACCUCCGACCCGAAAAGAGCCACUCCGAGUUGCAAGGGUGCUACAGAUCAAGCUUACAGUUGGCUGUUCAGCACGGUCUAAAGACGAUCGCUUUCAGUGCCAUUAGCACAGGGAUCUACGGCUACCCCAGUCUCGACGCGUCCAUAGCUGCUUGCGAAACCGUCCAAAAAUUCCUAGAUGGCGACGAUGGCAAGAAACUUGACAAAGUGGUCUUCGUUACCUUUGAGGACAAGGACGUCCGCUCGUACAACUCCACGCUGCCUCGCUACUUUCCGCUUAGCACAGCCGCCUCCUCUGAGCAGAACAAGGCCGUACAAGAGCAGAAAGCUGAGGCUGAAGCAACAGCUAGUCAGUUGCCUGACGUGCCCAAAACCGAUCCGGCGGACCGCGAACAUACUUACAAGAAGCAGAAGCAGAAUAAAUGA